AUGGCCGGCCGCACCAUCCACCGCCCAAAACACCUCCUGCGCAGCCUCCCCCUCCUCUCCCGCCGACCCAAUUCAACCGCCUCUCCCUUUUUCACCCCCGCCGGCCACCAGCUGAACCUCGCCGAGACGACCCCCGACCCGAAUCCCACAAAGCCGGCCCCGGCAGCCCGGACACCCGUCAACCUCGACGACGCCAAGGAGCUGUUCUCGUCAGUCUCUACCGGGAAGCUGAUCAAGUCGAUCGUGACCCUACAAGCGGCGUCGAUGAACGGCGUGGUGGAGCUGGGGUCGACGGUCGUGAAUUCGCGGCUGAUGAAGAGCCCGAUCUCGAGGAAGAUGCUGCUGGAGUCGAUCGAGCACACGUUCUACGAUCACUUCUGCGGGGGGAAGGAUUUGGGGGAGGCGGAUCGGAUCGUUAAGAGGCUCUGGGAUUCGGGGCUCAUGGCUAUGCUGGAUUACGGGCUUGAGCACGCGACUGAUAACGGGGCGUGCGAUCGGAAUUCGGACGAGUUUGUUCAGACGAUUGAGUCGGCUAAGCAUUUGGGAGCUUCACCUGUCAGUUUUGUAGUAAUCAAGAUUACCGCCAUCUGUCCCCCGCGCUUGCUCAACAGAAUAAGCGAUUUCCUGAGAUGGGCCCACAAAGACAAGUCCCUGCACCUCCCCUGGAAGCUCGAAACCUUACCCAUAUUUGCCGAAUCCAGUCCUCUUUACCACACCCUGAAAAGACCCGACCCGUUAACCCUGGACGAGGAGCGUGACCUCGAGCUGGCCUAUGGCCGGCUAAUGAAAAUCUGCAAACACAGUUGGGAGGGAAAAGUGCCAGUCGUGAUCGAUGCAGAGGACACCUCGAUCCAACCCGCAAUCGAUUACUUCACGUACUCGGCUGCCAUUAAAUACCGGUCGGAUGAGAACCCACUGAUUUUCAACACGAUCCAGGCAUACUUGAGGGAUGCUCGAGACCGAAUGGUGAUGGCGAAACGGGCCGCGGACUCGAUGGGAGUGCCCGUGGGGUUCAAGCUGGUCCGUGGGGCCUACAUGACGAGCGAGAGGCGAUUGGCCUCCAUGCUGGGAGUGAGGUCCCCAAUACACGACACGAUUGAGGAUACUCACGCGUGUUUCGAUGAAUGUAAAAUGGCGGCUGCUAAGGCAGUUGAUUUGGGAAUCAAAAGGGAGAACAAUAAUCUUCAAUUCGCUCAGCUAUAUGGAAUGGCGGAAGCACUUUCGUUCGGACUGAAAAACGCAGGUUUUAAGGUUAGCAAAUAUUUGCCGUUUGGGCCAGUUGAGCAAGUCAUACCUUAUCUUCUUCGGCGAGCUGAAGAGAACAAAGGUCUCUUGUCUACUUCAUCCCUCGACAAGCAACUCAUGAGGAAGGAGAUCUUAAGGAGAUUAAAAUCAUAA